AUGCCGGCGGCGCGCGGUAGCCAGAGCCCCACGCGCGGGAAGAGCAACAAGGCCAAGAAGUCGCCCUCGCCCGGCCGCGGCGGCGGCAGCAGCAACAGCAGCGUCAACGGCAAGGACGACCUCGACGGCAUCGAGGGCCUCGGCGUGGUCGGCAACGGCCUGGCCAACGGCCUGGCCAAGGGCGGACUCGGGAACCCCCCGCCCGCCGCGCAGAGGGCCAGGGUCGCCACCAGCGGCAGCGACCGGUCCGGCGGCUCGCUGUCGGACAGCCCCGAGGAUGCGGCCCGGCCCGCGCCGCCCGCGCCCAGCGGCGAGGACAACAUCAACGUGGUGGUGCGGGUGCGGCCGCUCAGCCAGAAGGAGAGCAAGGCCAAGGACAACUUCGUGGUGCAGUUCCCGGGCAACGGGCAGCUCCUGCUGGAAGGCGGUCCCGUGCCGGCCGGCGGUUCGAGCCCCGGCGCCGGCAAUGCCAGCAAGUCGCGCCUCUUCUCGUUCAACGCCGUGUUCGAGCCCGGCGCCACCCAGGAGGACCUGCUCAACUACUCCGGGGUGCGGCGCCUCAUCAGCAUGGCCGUGGAGGGCUUCAGCUGCACCGUCUUCUGCUACGGCCAGACGGGCAGCGGCAAGACCCACACCCUCACGGGGCCGCCGGGGCUGUUUGACGGCACGGUGGACCCCCAGUCGCCGGACCACGGGCUGGUGUGCCGCUCCUUCCGGUUCCUCUUCGAGCAGCUCAGCGAGCGCGGCGACUUCCACUUCGUGCUCAAGGCCUCCUUCCUCGAGAUCUACAACGAGAAGGUGAUCGACCUGCUGAACCCGGGCUCGGCGCGCAAGCCGCUGGCCGUGCGCUGGUCCAAGAAGAGCCGCGGCUUCUUCGUCGAGAACCUCUUCACCGUGGACUGCGAGACGCUGGACGACCUGCUGGCCGUGCUGGAGGAGGGGAUGCGCAACCGGUCGAUGGGGAGUCACGGCAUGAACGACCACUCCAGCCGCAGCCACACGAUCCUCACGGUGCACAUCGCCGCCGAGAGACAGGUGUCCGAGAACGGCGUGUUCAUCUCGCGGCAGGGGAAGCUCAACUUCGUGGACCUCGCCGGCAGCGAGAUGACCAAGAAGACGCACAGCGAGGGGAAGACGCUCGAGGAGGCCAACAACAUCAACAAGAGCCUCAUGGUGUUGGGGUACUGCAUAGCCUCCCUCAGCGACCCCCGCAAGAAGGAGAAGGGGCACAUCCCGUACAGGGACUCCAAGCUCACCAAGCUGCUGGCCGACAGCCUCGCCGGCAACGGCGUCACGCUCAUGAUUGCGUGCAUCUCCCCGGCCAAGUCCAACAUCAGCGAGUCGCUCAACACGCUGCGGUACGCCGCCCGGGCCAAGAAGAUCCGCACCAAGCCCGUUAUCAUGAUGGACCCCCGCGAGGCGCUGAUCCUGAGCCUGAAGCGGGAGGUGGCUGCGCUGCAGAGCGAGAACGACCACCUGCGGUCGGCCAUUCGCAUCAACGGCGAACACUUCGGCACCAACGGCAGCGCCGAGGUGGCCCGGCCCAGCGGCUCCCCGCCCACCGUGGACCUGGAGCGCCUGGCCGAGCUGGAGGCCAACGAGCUGGCGGGGCUGGUGCAGCACUACAUGCUGGAGAACGAGGCGCUGCGCAGGGAGAACUCGGACUUGUUCAGCACCAGGGACAUCCUGAUGCGCGACCAGGACCUGGUGUGCCGCGAGAACGAACGACUGCUCAAGAAGCUGGAGGACGUCAACUCGGUGUGCUGCCGUUCGCCCAUCAUCCCCGCCAGGCCCACCUUCUCCGGCGAGCUGCUCAACCUGUCGCUGGGCGGCUCGGACGGCGCGGCCGCCAUGCCCUCGGGGAUGCCGCCCCACGACCUCAUGGCCAGCUCCACCAACGUGUGGGUGCACCCGCUCAACGGCAGCAACUACAGCGCCGCCAGCACCACCGCCCUGGCAGGACCCAAGUUCAAGGCGGAGAUCCUGGAGGGAAGGCAUUCGGCCAAGCCACCCCACAGGCUGCCGGACUCCAUCCAGAAGGAACUGGACAAGCGCAGGAUCGGCAAAAGCAUGACCAACAUUGCCGAGUCGUACCGGGACCGCAGCCACCAGCGCCACAACUCGUGGGACAGCUCCAAGGGCGCGGCGGCCUCCAACGGCGGCCCCGGCGACGGCCAAGGACUGCCCCAGACGCCGCCGCCCGCGCCAUUAGGGUCCGACCGACGAUCGUUUCAUCAUGAUGACGAAGAAAAAAUUACUCAAACAUCACUUUUCAAGGAACACUUCAGCGAAACAAAUGAAAGAUUACGAGACCAAGGUAUAAAAGAGCCCAGACGCACUGCCAGAGCAGCAUUCAGCUCCCCUGGAUAG